CCGGCAGCGUCUCGGCGCUGUUUAGCUACCUAUUUCACGAACACUUAAUUCACACCAGCAUAAAUCAUGCGAAGCGUUACGUCAAGGACUUCGGGUGCCUACAGAGAUCGUUCCAUUAAUGAUGUCUCCCACUGGACGUACAGAUUGCGCCUCGAAGGAUGGAAGACUAGUGUUUUCAUUUUCGCAAUCUGCGCUUCCUCCGUCUUCUCCAUCAAUCUGGCUUUCACUAUCUGGAGCUCGGUCACUUGGCACACAAACAUGGGAAACUUGUACGAAGGAGAUUGUGACCGUGUAAAGGCGCUCAACUCUGCUGUGCACGUGCUUAUCAACAUUCUGAGUACAAUCCUCUUCACUGCAAGCAAUUACUGUAUGCAGUGUCUGUCUGCACCAACUAGAUCUGCAGUGGACAAGGCACAUAUGCAGAGUGAAUGGCUUGACAUCGGGAUCUCAAGCAUGCGCAACCUGAGGCACAUCAAGCGGCAAGAUCUAAUCCUUUGGCUGCUUCUAGCACUCACGUCACUUCCUCUCCACUUACUCUAUAAUUCCGCUGUCUAUGCGUCGAUAUCAUCCAACAGCUAUUUUGCGUUUUCAGUAAGCGAAUCUUUCGUGAACAGUGCCGAGUGUAUCAAUUGUGCGACCCAGCCCAACCUUUACACGAACUGGACAAAGGGUCUUGUCUACGAUGGAUACCCCAACGGUGAAUUUCCAGAAAUAUUGAACAGUCUAUGGUCUCGCGCGCAAAACGACUCCCUGGUCAGGCUCGAGCCUGCUGAAUGUAUCGAUGAGUACGCUACCGCGAUUCAGUCAUUUAGACGGAAUAUACUUCUGGUUGGUCGCGACGAGGAUUUCCCACCCCGGCACGAAAACACCUUCAUUAACGAUUCAUAUGUUUACGAUGCUGUCGCAUUCGCGUCUAUCUACGCAAAGAACCCAGAACAGUCUGCAGACGCGUAUCAAUGGAUAUGCUCGGGUUUACCCCCUAGAGAAAACAACGAUCACUGUACGGACCGGAUAUCAGAAAUUCGGUCGAAUGCGUCUGCAUGGAGGGUCGGCGGCGACGACUGCUGGUCAGUUCAAGAUCCCAACAACCAGCACAUAUGGACGAGCGGAUGCUCGGAUUUUUCAGACACCAAGAAACACCCUGUAUCUUUCUGCCUAAGUGAACGAGCACCGCCACACUGCAAGAUCCGACUCAACUCCACUAUCUUGGUGAUCGUCACUGUCGUCAACUUCCUGAAGGCUAUCCUGAUGUUCUACAUCGUCUUCAAGCCGUUCGACGAGCCGCUCCUCACCAUGGGAGAUGCAGUGGCAUCAUUCCUAGACGACCCGGACCCAAGCACUCGCGAUAUGUGCUUGUUGUCCAUACAUGAUAUCAGGUAUGGGCAUUUUCGCGCCGGUGCCAGGUGUUGGUUGGCGCCGAAGGCAUCAUGGAUGGAUGCGAUAAGUAAGACCCGUCGCGCUAUAACCGUUAUGAUGUAUGUCGUUGCAAUAGCAGUGUCUUUAUCUCUCUUAUGGUUCAGCAUAUACAAAAUUCCGAGAGGUACGUCUGUUUCGCUUGUCGACCUCGGCUUCGGCGCCGUCGACCCACGCACCAUGAUCAUCGGCGCUCUGGGAAACAGAAAUCUGAUUGCGAAUACUCUCAUUGCAAACACCCCACAGCUCAUCAUAUCUUUCCUUGAUUACUUUUACAAUGCCCAUUUCACAGCCAUGCUCCUGGGCUACGAGUGGAUAUCCUACGCAUUCAAACGGAAAGGUCUUCGAGUAUCACGAUCUCCACUAGGCAAGCAGCGGUCAACCUACUUUUUACAGCUGCCGUACAGAUUCAGUGUACCGCUGAUGUUCAUGAGCGGUACACUGCACUGGCUAGUCUCACAGAGUAUUUUUCUGAUCUCAAUCGACCUUUACGACUACAUGGACAACCGCAGCGCAGCAGGACAACAGUGGCUCAGGGACCAGGCGUUUGACCCCAGAGACGAGUCGAUGAGCAUCACGACUUGUGGAUAUUCACCCCUUGCGAUCGUAUGUGUCAUCGUCUUCGGUUCGCUCAUGUUCAUCGCACUGUUGACAGCUGGCUUUAUACCGUACAGGCGUGGUAUGCCACUUGCAAGCAGUUGCAGCAUGGCCAUUAGUGCGGCAUGUCAUCCAGAGAGCGAGAACCGAGUCUCAACGCAGGAGGUACAAUGGGGAGUCUUAGAAGCUAGCGACAACCAGGCCAACGUUCGGCAUUGUUCCUUCUCUGAAGGUUCAGUCAGUCAACCUGUUGUUGGACAUCUUUACAUCUGAAAUAUGCUGUAUACGCUCAGAACUACAUCCUAGAACUAGGUUUAUUGAAAAUAAAUCAUGACCUGCAGAGGCGAAGCGCUGGCGAGCCGCCUACUUUUGCUAGGACUAUGCCAACGCUACGGGGUAGCUGUUAGACGUUAGAUUGUUAUUAUUUAGCACGGGUUAAGGCCAACAAUAGCGAAGAUGGUUCAAUAGUCUGUAUUCACCGUAGACGAACAGCUACUAAGUUAAGGUAGGGUUCGUUAAGCUUCUAUCUACAGUGCCAAGUCAGAUAUGACUAAAGGGAGCCUGUCUUGGGCUGAUAGCCACCCAGAAGGCCCAGAGGGGGUCAGAGGAGGCUAGGUUCUGACAACAAUAUAUACUAGAAUUAAUAAUUUACACGCGUG